AUGGUAUCUUGCAUAUUCUUCUGGUCCUUGAUUCUCCUCAAAUGGUCUUCUUCGCAAGACGCUCGAGCUCAAAAUUGGCCCGGCGUGAACCAAGUGGUGCGUGUCGACGCCAUGGCGGAUGAACCCGAAGAUCCCAAUGUGCACCGAGAUGAACUGUUCCAUAUUGUGAGAGAUGGAGACUAUGUUGAUGCCAAGAAAGCCUUAGCAAAGGCAGAUAUGGCUUGGCGGCAUACAGCUCUGCAACAGAAUUUCCUGUUCUUUAUUGCGGCACGGCGCCGCCGGGGAUCCGAAUUAUUAGCAAGGCAGUGCAUCGAGAUGGGUGUCAAUCUAGAGGAAGUUGACGUGCAUGGGCAGACGCCUCUGUUUUGGGCUGCAGCGCGCGGCAAUUUGGUCAUAGUGAAAUUCUUGCUUAAUCUGGGGUUUGAAGUGAACUUUCGCGACAAAGCCAGGAAGAGUGCUUUGUUCCUGGCCAUCGAAAAUGGGCACUUGGCUGUGGCGGACUUUCUCAUCGAGCAUGCUGCCUCCACACGCCUGCAGUCCUCCGAGGGCAGAACGCCACAGUCCAUGCUCAAGGCAUUGCAUCACAAGGCGCCCACCAACAAACGCAAAUGGGUGACGCCAACGCCGGCCUGCGUUUGCCCUGGUGCGGCAACACGGAGCCGUUUCUGUGAAUGGGAAUGGGCUGGGGCCCAGGAGGAGUCUGAUCCACUCAUCGAAAAGAGCGAGGACAACGUGCUGGUGGAGAACCACCAGUACUACGUGUGUGCAUCAGUGACAGGCUGUUCGAAGCGCCUCCGCCGCUCGGAGCGGGAGUUUGUUGGAGAUCACGCACAUCUCCAUCAACAGGAGACCUGGUACAGCAAGUUGACUCCUGAGAAUUCUGCCACGCUCGUGAACGUGAGCAUGGGCGACGAAAAAGCACAUGAGAAGAUUAUUGACGAGUUGGCGCAGGGAUCACGGCCUCGUGCCUUCACGCUGGCAGCAGUGUCGCAACAGACUCGCACACUCGCUGGUUAUGUGUAUGCAUCUUUCACGGACGAGACGUUGAAGAUCGGCCAAGUCAAAGUGGACCGGCCCCAUCAAGAACGGGGACUAGGCGGUCUGCUACUCAAAGCGGCCGAGAAGCGAGCACAGAACUUGGGAGCAUCCAUCGCGAAAGUGCAACUCACGGCUAAGCGAAUCCCUUGCCACCAUGAAAAGAUCCGGUGGUUGAAGAUGGAGAAAGAUUUGCGGGACAACGAUACCGAGAUGACGGGCCUGCUCGGCCUGGACGACAUGCGAGACUUGCUGCAUCAGAUCUACACCGUUCUUAGCGAGGCGGAGGUCAACGCGGACAACCUGAUCUCCUACGUGAGCUUCGCUGACCCGGCGAGAGAUCAUGCCAUCAUGUUCCAGGUGGAUCAGGCUUGUGCAGACUCCGGGCUUCGACUCUUAGAGUCAGAGCUCGAGAACGAUGAGCUGGCCCAAUUCAUCUUGGACCUCUUCAAGGCCAAGGUGCGUUAUGAUGAUUUCGGCUUAGCGGUGACAUUGGCAGUGGUGAUACUGCUGCUGAUAUUGCUGACGCAAAUGGUAUCUUGCAUAUUCUUCUGGUCCUUGAUUCUCCUCAAAUGGUCUUCUUCGCAAGACGCUCGAGCUCAAAAUUGGCCCGGCGUGAACCAAGUGGUGCGUGUCGACGCCAUGGCGGAUGAACCCGAAGAUCCCAAUGUGCACCGAGAUGAACUGUUCCAUAUUGUGAGAGAUGGAGACUAUGUUGAUGCCAAGAAGGCCUUAGCAAAGGCAGAUAUGGCUUGGCGGCAUACAGCUCUGCAACAGAAUUUCCUGUUCUUUAUUGCGGCACGGCGCCGCCGGGGAUCCGAAUUAUUAGCAAGGCAGUGCAUCGAGAUGGGUGUCAAUCUAGAGGAAGUUGACGUGCAUGGGCAGACGCCUCUGUUUUGGGCUGCAGCGCGCGGCAAUUUGGUCAUAGUGAAAUUCUUGCUUCAUCUGGGGUUUGAAGUGAACUUUCGCGACAAAGCCAGGAAGAGUGCUUUGUUCCUGGCCAUCGAAAAUGGGCACUUGGCUGUGGCGGACUUUCUCAUCGAGCAUGCUGCCUCCACACGCCUGCAGUCCUCCGAGGGCAGAACGCCACAGUCGAUGCUCAAGGCAUUGCAUCACAAGGCGCCCACCAACAAACGCAAAUGGGUGACGCCAACGCCGGCCUGCGUUUGCCCUGGUGCGGCAACACGGAGCCGUUUGUGUGAAUGGGAAUGGGCUGGGGCCCAGGAGGAGUCUGAUCCACUCAUCGAAAAGAGCGAGGACAACGUGCUGGUGGAGAACCACCAGUACUACGUGUGUGCAUCAGUGACAGGGUGUUCGAAGCGCCUCCGCCGCUCGGAACGGGAGUUUGUUGGAGAUCACGCACAUCUCCAUCAACAGGAGACCUGGUACAGCAAGUUGACUCCUGAGAAUUCUGCCACGCUCGUGAACGUGAGCAUGGGCGACGAAAAAGCACAUGAGAAGAUUAUUGACGAGUUGGCGCAGGGAUCACGGCCUCGUGCCUUCACGCUGGCAGCAGUGUCGCAACAGACUCGCACACUCGCUGGUUACGUGUAUGCAUCUUUCACGGACGAGACGUUGAAGAUCGGCCAAGUCAAAGUGGACCGGUCCCAUCAAGAACGGGGACUAGGCGGUCUGCUACUCAAAGCGGCCGAGAAGCGAGCACAGAACUUGGGAGCAUCCAUCGCGAAAGUGCAACUCACGGUCCUCGAAACCAACAAAGGGGCUCAAAGAUGCUACGAAAAAUCGGGGUUCGAGGUUUCCUCGACCUACUCGUCAAGUUUUCCACCAUGCGAUUGCAAGGCUAAGCGAAUCCCUUGCCACCAUGAAAAGCUCCGGUGGUUGAAGAUGGAGAAAGAUUUGCGGGACAACACGCCCUGA